CAAAAUGUUUCUCGCGAUUAGCUUAGCCUUGGUAGCACUCGGAAUGCUUUACGUUUAUUUAGUAUGGAAAUUCAGUUAUUGGAAGGAUCGAAACGUACCUGGACCGGACCCACUUCCGCUGCUAGGAAACUUCCCAUCAUUUUUACUUCGUCAUCGACCAUUUGUGGACGAAUUCGAUGAUAUUUACAGAAAAUAUAAAGAGAAGUACAACUUUGUGGGGGUGUUCGGAAACCGUUCGCCUCGAAUAGUUGUUCUUUCGUCAACUCUAGCAAAGAAUAUUAUUUCCAAGGAUUUCAAGCACUUUCAUGAUAAUGACCUUGGAAAAACUGUGAAUAAGGAAGCAGAUCGGAUCCUCGGACGUAAUCCAUUUAUGUUGCAUGGUGAGGAAUGGAAACAAAAACGUUCUGAGAUCACACCGGCUUUCACCAGUUCCAGGAUGAAAGUAAUGUUUUCCUUUGUGGAAGACAUCGGAUCUCGUAUGACGGAAUACCUCAAACUACAGGCUGGUUCUCCCAUAGAGGCUAAAGAAUUGGCAGCAAAAUUUACAACCGAUGUCGUGUCCAGUUGCAUAUUUGCUGCCGAUGCCCAAUCGUUCACCAGUGACAAGCCCCAAAUACGAGAGAUGGGCCGUAGGAUUUUGCAAAUUUCAUUCUUUUCAUUUAUCCGCAUGAUAUUGAUGGGAGUUUUUCCGAACAUUGCGAGAAAGCUGAAGAUUGGCUUUAUAUCCAAGUCGGUUGAGGAGUUCUUCCUUAAUUUAAUGUCGGAAGCGAUUACUCAUCGUGAAACUAGUCCUAUCAAAAGAGUCGACUAUCUCGAUUAUCUGAUCAACCUGCAGAAGAAAAAAGAAAUAACAGAACUAGACAUGGCAGCACACGGAGUGACAUUCUUUAGUGAUGGUUUCGAAACAACUAGUGCAGCAAUGGCAUUUGUUCUGUAUGAACUGGCGAAGAAUCCGAAAAUCCAGAGUCGUCUUCGAGAUGAACUUAUGCAGGCAACGACGGACAAUGACCCCAUCUCUUAUGAUACGUUACUAGAUUUACCAUAUCUGGACCAGAUACUCAGUGAAUCACUUCGACUUUGGCCACCAGCUGCAUUUAUGUCCAAACAGUGUACUGAACCAACGGAGUUGGACAUAACCUCGUCGCAAACAGUACGCAUUGAAAAGGGCGUUUGUGCCAUCAUCCCCAUUUGGUCUUUUCAUCGUGAUCCCGAAUACUUUGUUGAUCCGCUCGUAUUCAACCCAGAUCGGUUUAGUCCCGACGUAGGUGGCAUCAGUUCGUACCGUGAAAAAGGAUGCUUUCUGCCAUUCAGUGAAGGACCACGGCAGUGUCUUGGGAUGCGAUUCGCACGAAUGCUGGUCAAACGAGGGAUAUAUGAGAUCAUCGUGAACUUCGCAGUUACCGUUAAUCGGAAGACGAAAGAGCCUAUACUAGUGGAUCCGAAGGAACCGUUGAUUUCGGCACUGGGAGGAAUUUGGUUGAACUUUAAUCCUAUUUUUAAAUGAAAGUUUUAGGCUUAUAUAUCCUUCAAC